AUGAAUUCUUUCAACGCACCUAAUCAGAUCAACUCUAUUGACAAAAUGACCACCGUGAAAUGCAAAUCCGUUGAUUUAGAAGGAUACGUCAUUAUAGUGGUGCAGACCAAGGAUAAUAAAAUAAAACUAUACGGUUCGCCUUCAGCUGGCAACUGGGAGAAUCUGGAGCUAGCUGAUGAGAUUAUGGACGUGAAUGAAACAAAACUAGAAGAUAUGACCAGGACUGAAGUGCUCACACACAUACAUGAGUGUAUAUCAUCGUGCGUUAUAAAACUGCGAGUGAAGAGACGGAGUGAAACUAAGCUUUUAUCAGACAUCGGUCAUAACGUGAUCCAGGAUGCCUUCCUCAUUGCUGUUGAGGAACAGGCGAGGCAGCGCCUCCAACGACUGUCCGCUCUCAAGAGAAUCACUCCAGUUGAUAUGUCCAAGCUGUCUGCUGAAUUAAACAAAAGGAAACGAACUCAGACCGAGAACCGUCAGGAGUUGAACGGUUACAUAGCAAACUCGACAGUUUAUGUGACAUCUAUAAACGAAAACGGUGCCAUCGAGAGCAAACCCACGAUAUCAUCACCGAAAUCACAACCAAAAUCACUCCAAGCUAAACCAGCACCACUAAUAGCUAACGGCAUCCAAGAUAAGAAAGAUUCUGUAGACGACAUAGUAGAACCAGAAAAACACGAAAAGGAUUCUAGUGAGAAAAGUUUGGUUGAUAGUGAUUUGAAGGAAAGUGAAGUGUUGAGUGUUAAAAGUGAUGCGUACAAUGUAGCGAGGGAGCACCUCAAUAACGGAAGGUGUGAGAAACUAUUGGGAGAACAGCCGGACCAUAGGAUACGAGCUACUGCUGUAGUGGAGAACAGUAAACUUGGACCGGGAGAAAAAGGGCCUCGCAGACGGUCUGGUUCCAGCAUCGUGGUGUUAGGAGCUGAAGAGGAGAAGCUUCCUCCGCCGGAUGACGAAACAGACAUGCUCACCAUGCUCUCACUCACCUCCGAUACUGGGCCCCACCGUGAGAUGGCGGUGGAUGUUCCAGACAGCUUCAUCGCUAGGAACAAGACCCCCCCGCGCUACCCGCCCCCCCGGCCUCCUCAGGUACGCCCUCGUGCCAGGGAUGAUGAGCCCCUCUUAUCAUCAGGAGGUUCGGGGACUUCCUUCGGCAGCAAACAGAGCACCGUCCUCCAAAGCAACGUCGACAUAUCCGGCCCGAGCUCCGACGGUUCAGGCAGCUUCAAAAUAAACAGCACAAUGGAACUACUAUCAUUACCCCAGAGUUCUGAUAGUUCUGGGGUAAGUUUCGGCAGCAAAAAGAGCAAGGGAUCAGCUGAAACGGCGAAAUGCGACGUAGCAUCUGAUAGGUCGGAAUCGGUGGAUUCUAUUCUGUCACAUAAAAUACAACUGCUUAUAUCUAAUGGCGAAGAUUCUCUCUUGGAUUGUAAGGAGGGAGUGACGUAUUCCACGAGGACUGAUUCAGUACUCAUAAGAGAAGCUGUGUACGCUUCUUAUAAGCUGCCUCCAGGGUUCGAUACGACGCCCGUGCUCCUUGGACGUGAAGUGGCGGUAGAUGUUCCUGAUAGUUUCGUUCAGAUAGUGAAAACUACUCCCAAAUAUCCAAACACCGCCGACAGAAAGACAUUUCAGGUUAAUGGUUCAGCUAAGGGGGCCCCAGCAGUCCCCCCUCGCGAGGCCCCUCGUGAUGCCCCUCCCAGGCCCCCUGCUCACGAUCUAACCAGAGAACAAGUUGAUUCAAUCAAGAAGUAUCAGGAGCAACUUCGUCAAAGGAAAGAAGCUGAAGAGAGAAUUGCUGCUCAGAAUGAGUUUUUAAGGACCUCACUGCGAGGGUCCCACAAGCUACAGGCCUUGGAGUCCAACCCGCCUUCAUCAACAGCCUUCGUGAAUGACGCAUAUGAAGAAGACGCCGCGGAUGAGGCGGAACAACUAUACGCGCUCGUCGACUAUCAGGAAGUAUGUGCAGCUUUAUCGAGGGUUCAAAAAUCAUUAUCGUCGUGCGGAGAGGGUGCUCUAGCGGCGAGGGUGUCUGGCGCCGCUGGAGCCCUACUGUGUCCCGCUCUGAGGACAGCCCUGGCGACACGAUCCGCAGUCCUAACAGCUGUAAGACAUAAACGACCAGGGUUGUCACCACCGCAAACACAUCGAGCCACUGAUAGACUAAAGGAUUGUAUAGACGUGUUAGGUUCUCACACGUCGUCUGGUAGUGAGACAUCAGCUUUAGCUGCGGAACUGCUGUCAAUCUUGGGAGGUCUAGAAGUGGAAAGUGUGAUACAGGCUCACGACCAGGCAGCCGCAUUACUAGACCCUUCGUGUUUCAAUAGAGUGAAGAGAAAUAAGACUGGCUUCAACAACUACAAAGACGACAAAUAUUUACCUAAUUCUCCGGACGAUUCUAGCGAGAAUAUUAAGAUAAUUAAAAUAGAAAAAACUAAUGAACCACUUGGUGCUACAGUGAGGAAUGAAGGAGAGGCGGUUAUUAUAGGAAGGAUUGUAAGAGGAGGAGCCGCGGAGAAAUCAGGACUCUUACACGAAGGAGAUGAACUCCUCGAAGUGAACGGUGUGAGUAUGCGCGGGAAGUCGGUGCACGAGGUCUGUCAGGUCCUUGGAGGCCUGGCGGGGACCUUGAGCGUGGUGCUCGCACCUCGACCAAGGCCCAGGCCUCCUCCGGCCUACCGCGUGUUACACGUCCGGGCCCACUUCGAUUACGACCCAGAGGACGAUGUAUAUAUACCGUGUCGAGAACUUGGUAUAAGUUUCCAAAAAGGCGAUGUAUUACACGUCAUAAGUCGGGAGGAUCCCAACUGGUGGCAGGCCUUCAGGGAGGGGGAGGAAGAUCAGACCCUCGCCGGCUUGAUCCCCAGCCAGGCCUUCCAGCAUCAGCGUGAAUCAAUGAAGCUGUCUCUGGCUGGCGAGGCGGGCUCCGCUGCCAGGAGGUCGAGGAAGGGCGCCACGUUGUUGUGUGCUCGAGCCAGGAGACGCAAGCCUAGGAAACCCACCAGCGAGGCUGGAUACCCGCUGUACUCGGCACAGCCUGAUGAGUUCGAAGCUGAGGAGAUACUUACUUACGAGGAGGUAGCUCUAUACUAUCCUCGCGCCUCUCACAAGCGACCCAUAGUACUCAUCGGACCUCCCAACAUCGGUAGACAUGAACUCAGGCAAAGACUCAUGGAAGACUCCACGAGAUUCGCUGCGGCAGUACCACAUACAUCUCGAGCCCGCAAGGACCACGAGGCGGCGGGUCAAGACUAUCACUUCAUAUCGCGCGCACAGUUUGAGGCCGACAUCCUCAACAGAAAGUUUGUGGAGCACGGAGAAUACGAGAAGGCUUAUUAUGGUACAUCUGUGGAGGCGAUCCGUGAGGUCGUUAACUCCGGUAAGAUAUGUGUACUGAACCUUCACCCUCAGUCGCUGCGUAUCCUGCGAGGCUCCGACCUCAAGCCGUACACCGUGUUCGUGGCGCCACCUAGCUUGGAAAAACUGCGACAGAAGAAGAUCAGGAAUGGAGAGGCUUUUAAGGAGGAGGAACUUAAAGAGAUAAUAGCGACCGCUAGAGACAUGGAACUCCGCUGGGGUCAUUUAUUCGACAUGAUCAUUAUAAACAACGACACGCAGCGCGCCUACCAGCAACUGUUGAACGAGAUCAACAGUCUGGAGAGGGAGCCGCAGUGGGUGCCCGCGCACUGGCUCAAACAAACCUAG